AUGGGCCUUGAACCAGAAGAUCGGCGGCAGUUGCUGCUGGUUGGCGACGUUGAGGGUGGCUUAGCCAAGCUCUACAGCCAGGUGGCUACGCAGCAGAAGAAGGGGAUUAACUUCACUGCUCUCUUUGCUGUGGGAGCGUUCCUGCCUGCAUUGGGCGACACUGAGGCUGCCGCCGUGUUGGCAGAGUUUGUCUCCGGCACGCGGAAGGUUCCCAUCGACACCUUCUUCAUCGAUAGCAGAAGUGCUGCUUUUCUUCAGGCUGCUCCUGACGGAAAGCAACUUACCGAGAAGAUCCAUUUCCUGGGUGGCUUCGGGGUGCGGGAGUUUAACGGACUGAAGGUGGCCUACCUCUCAGGGUGCUACGAUGCUGCCACUUUCGCCAAGCCAGUAGAGGAAGAUGGCCCAUGCUUUGUGGGUGCAGCCUACACUGCCACUGCAGUGCAGAAGCUGAUCAAGCUAGCGAAGGCAGAGGCCUCACCCAUCGAUAUCCUCUUAACAGCCGAGUGGCCAAAGGGCAUGGAGGAGCGCAUGGAUGAGUCUGCGAAACCCAAAGAUCCAGAUGGUCACAGCCUCGCAGGGAACAAGAGAAUUUCUCCCGAGUGCAUGCGGCUCUCGUUCCUUCGGCAGGCGCCUGGAGCGCACGCAGCAGAGCUCCUCCAGCAGGGUGCAGAGUUGCGCUUCCAGAUUUGGCAAAACGAGGUUUGGGCGAAGCCAGUUCGGCAUUUGGGCAGCGGCAGUUUCGCCAGCGUGUGGGAGUUGAGUCUCAGGUCGUCUGCAAAAGUGCCUGAGCUUGCUGUUUUGAAGCACUUCCCUCCCAUUGAUGCGGCCGUGGCAGCUUUCUUUGGUUCUGAACUGCUAGGACAACAUCGUCAACAGUGGCUGAAAGAGAAAGUCAUUGGUGAACGCCUUAGCCACGUGGCCUCGGAUCGACGGCGUCACGUAGCAGCCCUGCUGGCAGCGCAACCGCUCUUCACGCAGCUGGCAGAGGAUGCACCAGCAAAUCAAGAACUGAUGCUGGUCUUGGAACAUGCAGGCCAUCCUUUGGAUGAGAACCUGCCAAGUCCUGAGCUUCGAAGCUGCUAUGUGAGUCAACUCCUGGAUGCAGUGGAUCUCUUGAAAACUUGUAAUGUGGUUCAUGCUGACAUAUCUGGAAGCAAUUGCUGUGUGGAUGGACACGUAGUUCGUUUGGUCGACUUUGGAAAUGCGGUGAUUGUGGAACCCGGGCGCGCCAGCAGUGGCAAGCUGGAGCGAUUGCGUUCGCGUUAUGUGCACCAUCGGAAGUUUCCAUGUAGCGAGCGCUACGCGUACCCCCACUCAUUGCAGAGAUUGAUCAGUGACAUAGAGCACCCCUGUGGCAUCGAUGUCUACGACGGCACUUACGAUUGCGAGGCCUUCUGCGGCAAUCUUGCUGCCACACCACCGGAAGCUUUGAGGGGCACGCUGCUGGCUGGUGCCAGUGAUGUUUAUGGCGUUGGGAUCCUUUUCUGGUGGCUGCUGACUGGCGAGGAAACGCCUUUUGACGUCGAGGUGGACGACGAUCGCAUCUCGUUCCCAGGCUGGCAGCGUUUCUAUGCGAAGAGCAGUGAGAAGCAGAUUGAGGAGCUGGAGCAACGUUUGAGCGGACGCCUGCAGGAUGAGGAUGUGGAAAAAGCUGCAAGGUGGCUCACCAGCGCUUUGGCAGAGAUUCCAGAGCAAAGGAUCUGGGCAGCUGAGAGAUCAGCUCACCAGCCAUCGCCGAGCUUUGUGAUGCGCCAGUGCCUCAAGAGUUGGCAGAUGGCGAUCAUUGUAGAAUUCCUGGGUUUAUGCGCCACAAGCAUCAGUCCUUGCACUGGCAGGGCCCGCCGUCAUGGCAUGGCUUCUGCAACACUGUGCCGCUGCAUUUGUGGCAGCCGCGAUGAAUGGGACCGGCACGACGUGUCCAGUGCACCCGGCAUGCCGCCACUGGAGGAGGUGCAAGAGGAGAAAUGGACCCCGGCUCCGAAGGCUGCAGGGAGAAUAGCUUAUUCCAUGUCAGCUGACCAGCAACUGAGAGGUGUUCCCAUUCGCGAGGGGGAUCUUUGGCACUUGUCCACCGAAGAGAGAGUGGACCAGGUGCGAGUGUUUCUCCACGUGAAUGGUUUUCGUUUCUCAACCGAUGGUCAAGAAGUUUCUAUAUCGCUCACGCCCUUCACCCUGGUCCGGAACUGCAAAUUUCAGAGCAACCACAAUGGCAUGAACUUCUCGGAGUUCAAAAUCUUCAAGAUCUCACUCUUUGCACAGGGCGCCUGCUACUACUUUGGAAUUCGAGGGGUCAGUGAGCGUGAUGCUGAAGAAGAGCGAUCACGUUGGGUGCUGGAUAUUUCGCGGAUUAUGAGACUCGUGACGCAGUCCUUGUUUCCCAUCUUUCAAAUUUCCUGCGAUCCGAUUAAGAAUGGGGAGCUUUCAGAGUCCCGCUUGAUGGCAGGCUAUUUGGUACAUUAUGACGAUUGCUUCACGGCGUCGGUUCUAUACUGUGAGUUGCAUGUGAACACACCAGACCACGCCCGCUUUAUUUUCUAUGAAGAUGAGACCUGUACACAUCAGCUGAGCGAAAUCUAUGUUACUGAGCGGUCCAUUUGCUGCGAGAAGAUUGGUAUCAACUGCAGCUGCUUUUCAAUCGAAGAUCACCAAUUCACGGCUCGAUCAUUGGGUGAGAGAAAACUUUGGCUGCGAGCAAUCUCCAACCUUAAGGUGAAACUGCAGAACGGUGCGCCACCACCCAGCCAGGAAGAGAUCCUUGAAUACAGGGCUGCUAUUAAGGAGCACGUGGCAAAGAUCCACGGCCUCGACAACGUGAAAACGGAUGCGUUGCUCCAACGAGCCGAAGCGCCCAUGUGGGCCGACUCCCAUGCGCCGGACGAAUGCACCGCGCUCGACGGGGCCUUUGCCCUGGCGUUGGCGCCGAAUCUGGGCACGUUGCCAUCGCCGCCGUCCCACUUGGACCUACGCAUCGACAGGUCGCCUCCAAAGGCAAGGCACGCUCAGCAUUCCACGGCCAGUGGCCCCGGAAUCGCCCAUGGCGGCAUGAUGAUCGAGAUUUUGAACAUUCAGCCAAGGCAACCUCACAUGCUUGACGAUUCAAAUGAGGCCUUUCACUGUGAGCGGGAGAGCACAAAGCGAGAUGCCUCCGCUAUGGAGGAGCCAGAAGAAGAUCCUAUCGAGCCAGACACCGUCUUUCUGGGCCGCUUGCCUGCGAACAUCGAAGAAAAGCGAAUCCAGGCAGCGCUGAAGCACGUGGGAAAGAUCGAACGCGUGCAUUUGGCCAGAGAAGCAGGCGAAGGCAGCCCUUGCAAAGGCUUUGGCUGGGUGACCUUCUCUACACCCGAGGAGGCAGAGGCUGCCUGUGACCUCGACGGGAUGCUGGAUUGCGGCGGCAGGAUGAUCACCAUCUCCAUCAGUCGGCCGAAGAACAGAGAUGGAGGUCCCAGGAAAAAGAAGAGAGAGAUCCAAAUCGUGGUUGAGCCCCAUGCAGAUUGUUGGUUUUGUCUGGUGAACCCCAAGGUGGAGAAGCACAUGAUAGUGACGGCUACCACAGAGGUUUACAUUGCCACAGCGCGUGGGCCAGUGAAUCCCUACCACGUUCAGAUUCUGCCAGUGAAGCACGCGCCCUGCUUUGCUGCAUGUCCGCCAGAGCUGCAGCAGGCUUUGCAGGUGCAGUUAGCAGCGCUUCGGAAGAUGUUCGAAGACGCAGGACAGGAGUGCCUGGUGUGGGAGCGCUGGAUCCCAAUGGGAAGCUCCAGCGCAAACCACAUGCAGGUUCAGGUGUUGCCCAUUGACAAAGCGCGUGCAGGCAAUGAUGCGCGCGCAGCAUUGGAGGCAGCGGCCAAACAACACUUGUCAGGGGCAAAAUUCAAGAAAUUGUCCGCCCACACGGAGGUGGCAGACAAUCUGAAUGAUGACCCUACCACUCCGUACAUCUACUUUGAGAUCCCUGGUGACCUGACUGCAAAAGGACGCCAAAUCGAGCGGUUCUUAUAUGCUGCUGUGCCUGGAGCAGGGCCGCGGAUUCCCAUCGACUUUGGCAGACAGGUGGCUUGUCAACUGCUGGGCUGCGACGACAAGGUGGAUUGGCGACAAUGCCAAGAUUCCAAGGAGGGUGAAAAGAAGCUGGCAGUGACACUUCGGGAGCUCUUCAAGCCUUUCCAAGUGAAAGGUAAACCGAAGCCGAAAUCAGGGUAG